CGACUGGCCGCGCUUGGUUCCCUUAGCAACCGAGCGAAGCCUCUGCUGCGUGGAACCAGUCCGGUAGCCGGCGCUUAAGACGGAGGCUGCUCCAUUGACAGUGGUGUAACACUUGCUGCUGCUUUUCCCAUCUCCUACCUCUGGUCUUCACCAACACUAUUGUCAGGCAAGUCAACAGGACCCCAGGGGAAAUGAACCGGCCGUACAACUCAAUGGAGCCACGAGUGAUGGACGAGGACAUGCUGAAGCUGGCUGUGGGAGAACAGGGCCCGCGGGACGAGGCCAGGCAGCUGGCCAGGCAGGAGGGCAUCCUCUUCAAGGAUGUGCUUUCACUGCGGCUGGACUUCCAAAACAUCCUCCGCAUCGACGGCCUCUGGCAGUUUGAGAACUUGAGGAAGCUACAGCUGGACAACAACAUCAUUGAGAAGAUCGAGGGCCUGGAGCAUCUCGUGCACCUGGUCUGGCUGGACCUGUCCUUCAACAACAUCGAGGCCAUCGAGGGGCUGGACACCCUGGUGAACUUGGAGGACCUGAGCUUGUUCAACAACCGGAUCUCCAAGAUUGACUCUCUGGAUGGCCUCGUCAAGCUGCAGGUGCUGUCGCUGGGCAACAACAACAUCAGCCACAUGAUGAACAUCAUCUACCUGCGGCAGUUCAAGGACCUGCGGACGCUCAGCCUCUCUGGGAACCCCAUCGCGGAGGCGGAGGAUUACAAGAUGUUCAUCUGUGCCUACCUUCCUGACCUCGUGUACCUGGACUUCCGGCGCAUCGAUGACCACAUGAAGGAGCUGGCAGAGAUCAAGUACCAGUACGCCAUUGACGAGCUGAAGCAGCGAGAGCACCUGAUUCAGGUCCGACUGGAGGAAGAGCAGGCCCGGCGGGAGGAGCUGGAGGAGCACAAGGCCGCGUUCGUCGAGCAUCUGAACGGCUCCUUCCUGUUUGACAGCAUGUACGCCGAGGACACAGAGGGCAACAAGCUGGCCCACCUGCCCGGCGUCAGCGAGCUCCUUCAGGCCUACAAGGACAAAUUUGUCAUCAUCUGCCUGAACAUUUUUGAAUACGGCUUGAAACAGCAAGAGAAGCGCAAAGUGGAGCUUGACACCUUCAAGGAGUGUGUCCAGGAGGCCAUCCAGGAAAACCAGGAGCAGGGCAAACACAGGAUUGCCAAGUUCGAGGAGAAGCACUUGCUGAAUUUAAACGCCAUUCGAGAUGAGUCCGAACUGAGCAGCUUCGAGAUGAAGAUAGCGGAAUACAGCCAGGACGUCAGUGAGCUGUUCAACGUGCUCAUGACGCUGGAGAUGCAGUUGGUAGAGCAGCUGGAGGAGACUAUAAACAUGUUUGAAAGGAACAUCACCGACUUGGUCGCGCUCUUUAUUGAAAAUGUCCAAAGUCUGAUGGCUCAGUGCCGGGACCUGGAGAACCACCACCACGAGAAGCUUCUGGAGAUCGCCAUCAAUACCCUCGAGAAGAUACUGAAGGGGGAGCUGGACGAGGACCUGCCGGAGGACGCGCGCGCUCUUUUUGUCGACAAAGACACGAUUGUUAAUGCUGUCGGGACCUCGCACGACCUCCACCUCCUGAAGAUCGACAAUCGAGAGGAUGAGCUGGUGACGCGGACAAACUCUUGGUGCUCACACCUAGUGGACACGAUCCACAAGGAUGAGAUCACGAGGAACCGCAGGCGGGUGAAGGAGAUCAAUCAAUACAUCGACCACAUGCAGAACGAGCUAGACAACCUGGAAUGCAGUGAGAUCAUAGAUUAGGGCCAUGCCAGCCCGGACGGCCCUCGGCCCACGCGGCACAGCACAGCGCGUCACUGCCAGCCUCAGACGCAUCACUGGGAAUUUCUCAACCCGUAACCCUCCCAACCCCAUUCUUCCCCCGCCCCUGGGAAAUGCAGAGAAAAAUAAAGAACUAUGUCAUCUUUU